UGCCGGAAGCCAUGUGGCCCUGGCACAGCCUCAAGGUUGUCACCUGCUAAGUGGACUGUGGGAGUUAAUAACAGGUUGUUGAGAGGAGGAGGUGGUCUUCGCACCCUCACCCAGGCAGUCAUCUCAGUUCCCUACCUGAAUCACCUGCAGACCCCUGCUGGCACCCACUCCACCCUGGGAAAACCACAGGAAGUGCAGAGCCAGCAAGGCGAGCCUGGCUGCUUCCACCCAAUCUGGCAGACUCCUCCCACUGAGUCACCUUCUACACCGCACAGUCAGCACAGAGUGUUCUUUGCUCUCGGCUGGUGGAGAAUGGGUGAGAUAGAGGGGACAUACAGAGUCCUGCAGGCAGCAGGGACACGCCUGGGCACCCAGACCCCCUUGGGAGUUAGCACCCUUGAGCCUGGACAGAGGCUCCCACCCAGGAUGCAGGAGAAGCACCUGCACGUCAGAGUGAAGCUGCUGGACAGCACCGUGGAGGUGUUUGACAUUGAGCCCAAGUGUGACGGCCAGACCUUGCUGACCCAGGUGUGGACGCGCUUGAACCUGAUAGAGAGCGACUACUUCGGGUUAGAGUUUCAGCGCGUCCAGUGCUGCUGGAUCUGGCUGGAGCCCACGAAGCCCUUCGCCAGGCAAGUGCGAAGGCCAAAGAACACGGUGCUUCGCCUGGCUGUGAAGUUUUUCCCACCGGACCCUGGUCAGCUGCAAGAAGAGUACACGAGGUACUUAUUUGCCCUGCAGCUCAAGAGGGACCUCCUGGAGGAGCGUCUGGUCUGUGCCGACACCACCGCAGCUCUCCUCACAUCCCACCUUCUGCAGUCUGAGAUUGGAGAUUGCGACGAAACCCUGGCCCGAGAGCACCUGAAGGCCAGCGAGUACCUGCCCAGCCAGGGCCGCUGCCUCGACAAGAUUCUGGAACUGCAUCGGAAGCACACGGGCCAGACGCCUGCAGAGUCGGACUUCCAGGUGCUGGAGAUCGCCCGAAAGCUGGAGCUGUACGGCAUCAGAUUUCACAGGGCCUCCGACAAGGAGGGGACCAAGAUUAACCUGGCUGUCUCCCACAUGGGCAUCCUCGUGUUCCAGGGCACCACCAAGAUCAACACGUUCAACUGGUCCAAGGUUCGCAAACUAAGCUUCAGGAGGAAGCGGUUCCUCAUCAAACUCCACCCAGAGGUGCACGGGCCCUACCAGGACACGCUGGAGUUCCUGCUGGGGACCAGAGACGAGUGCAAGAGCUUCUGGAAGCUCUGUGUGGAGCACCACGCCUUUUUCAGGCUCGCUGACCAGCCGAAGCCCAAAGCGAAAGCCGUGUUCUUCACCCGGGGCUCCUCCUUCAGAUACAGUGGGAGAACUCAGAAGCAGCUCGUGGACUACGUUAGAGACGGAGGGGUGAGGAGAGCCCGGUACGACAGAAGGCACAGUGCAACACGGGUGUCUGUGCGUGCUUUGACUGCAGACCUGCCGAGACAGAGCAUCUCGUUCACCGAGGGCGUGAGGACGUCUGCCUCGCUCUCUUCAGCAAGCGCCUCCUUUGGCCGGCUCCCGACCUCCCCCGUCACCCCUCCCGCCCAGCCUGAGCUCACGGAUGGCAGCAGUGCCCUGGCGGAUCCCCAGGCUCCCCAGGGCAGGAGUCCCGCGGCAGAGAGGAGCUGUGGAGCAGCGGCCCACGGCCUGGAUGCACCAUCGGCCCAGCCCCCGGGGCCCCCCGCACUGCAGCCUGGUCCAGGCCUUGCAGCGGACAGCCCUCAGCCGUCUCCCUCCAGCCGGAAGAGCCAGCUGAGCCUGAGCCCCACGCUCGAGGUGACUCUGGGCCCCGCUGAGCACAGCGUGUCCCCCCUCCUGAGCCCUGUCCUUAGCGACGCCGGAGCUAGAAUGGACUUCGAGGAUGAGCCGAGGCACAAGCGCCUGCCGGAAGACAAGGCCUAUUUCAUGGUGAAGGAGCUCCUUGCCACCGAGCGCACCUACCUGAAGGAUCUGGAGGUCCUCACUGUGUGGUUCCGCAGUGCCCUGGCCAAGGAGGACGCCAUGCCUGCAUUCCUGAAGGCCCUGCUCUUCUCCAGCAUCGACCCGGUCUACGAGUUCCACAGGGCCUUCCUGCGAGAGGUGGAGCAGCGGCUGGCGCUCUGGGAAGGACCCUCCAGUGCUCACGGGAAAGGCGGCCACCAGCGCAUAGGGGACAUCUUGCUCAGGAACAUGCGUCAGCUAAAGGAGUUCACCAGCUGCUUCCAGAGACACGAUGAAGUCCUGGCCGCGCUGGAGCAGGCCACCCGGCGCUGUCGGAGGCUGGAGGCCGUGUGCAGAGAGUUCGAGCUGCAGAAGGUCUGCUACCUGCCGCUCAGCGCGUUCCUGCUGAAGCCCAGCCAGCGCCUGGUGCACCUGCGCCUGCUGCUGCGCCGGCUGUGCAGCCACUACCCGCCCGGGCACCACGACUACGCCGACUGCCGCGACGCCCUCCAGGCCAUCUCCGAGGUGACUGCGGCGCUCCAGCACAGCCUGGCGCGGCUCCAGAACCUGCAGAAGCUGGUGGAGCUGCAGCGGGCCCUGGUCGGCAUGGAGAACCUCGCCGCUCCGGGCAGGGAGCUCAUCCGCGAGGGCUGCCUCCACGAGCUCACCAGGAAGGGACCACAGCAGAGGAUGUUCUUCCUGUUCUCAGAUAUGUUGCUGUAUACAAGCAAAGGUGUCACCGGGAGCAGCCACUUCCGGAUACGGGGCCUCCUUCCGCUCCGUGGCAUGCUGGUGGAGGAGGCCGAGAGCCAGUGGCCGGGCCCACACUGCUUCACCAUCUACGCGGCUCGGAAGACAGUCGUGGUGGCGGCCAGCACCCGGCUGGAAAAGGACAAGUGGAUGCAGGACCUCAACGCUGCGAUCCAAGCAGCCCAGAGCGGCGGUGGCGACACGGCCCCGGUGCUGCCGGCUGGCACCCUGUGCACUCAAGCAUGCCGUGAGUCCUGGCCGGCUCCCCUCCCAGGAGACCCCCACUGCUCCAGGACUCGUCAGCGGCUCAGCUCCCGGCCACCUGACGAGGUCUCCGCGGAACACGAGUCACAAGCAGCAGCUCUGGGCGCUCAGGGCUCCCUGGAGGGGCGGAGCCCACACCGGGCCAACACCACGGAGCACGUGUGCUGGUACCGGAACACAAGUGUGUCCAGAGCCGACCACAGCGCUGCCGUGGAGAACCAGCUCUCGGGGUACCUGCUGCGCAAGUUCAAGAACAGCAGUGGCUGGCAGAAGCUCUGGGUCGUCGUCACGAACUUCUGCCUGUUCUUCUACAAAACUCACCAGGACGACCACCCUCUGGCCAGCCUCCCGCUCCUGGGCUACAGCGUGAGUGUCCCCAGGGAGGCCGAUGGCAUCCACAAAGACUACGUCUUCAAGCUCCAGUUCAAGUCCCACGUCUACUUCUUCCGAGCCGAGAGCAAGUACACGUUUGAGAGGUGGAUGGAAGUGAUCGAGAGCGCCAGCAGCUCGCCCGGGAGACCCCCAAGCCUCGUGCAGGACAGCCCAGCUGGGGGCAGGGAGGCCUGACUGCACCCUGCCUGGACGAGGACGCCUGCAGAGAGGUGGCCACCGCACUGAGUCACAGUGAGCACCAACAGCAUGGGGGGAGCUCACAGCCACCUCUGGGGAGGCUCUGCCCCACCAAAACCCCCUGGGGCACCUAGAGGACAGGCACAUGCCCGUCUCAGCACGGCCCUCCCGCCCUGUCCACUCCCCAGGGCAGGGCUCCCGUUGAGGACUGGCCUCAGACAAAUCCUGGGGCAGGCAGCCCCACAGUCCAGCUCCAGCCGGCCUCCGACAAGCACUGCACUCAGGCCUGCUGGCCACGGGGCAGGGACUUCUAUCCCUGGGAGGGGCUGAGAGUUCUGCCCACUCAGUCCCACGUCAAGCCUGGGCCUGGUUGAGGCAGGGCCUGCGCAGAACCCAGAGUGCCCCAUGGCCUCCAACCCACGGGCACUCACACCGCUCAGCCACUGGAAGCCGACGUGG